UCCAGCCUCGUUCUCGCCCUGCCCCGGAGUCACUUUCGCUUUCGGUGGCAGCUCCGGGGGGGUCCCGGGUCCCCCCUUCCCCCCCCCCGGCUCUGCCGCACCAUGGACCCGGCCCCCCCCGGCUCCGCGCUGGUGCUGCUGCUCUUGGCCGUGCCCCCCCCCGGCGGCUGCUGCUCCUUCGAGUUCAGCCCCGUGAGCAGCACGUUCCACGCGCACGUGGAGGCGGUGAGCCCGUGGCUGCUCCUGGAUUACACUGUGGAGAUGCCGGAAAACCUGGAGCUGGGCUCGCUCUGCUCCGAUCUCUGGACGCUGCGGUUCGGUCUCGCUGCAAUUCUCCGCUUGGCCGCACGCGCGGGGGGGGCGCUGUCCCCCCGGCUCCGCGCGCUCGCGGCGCAGCUGCACUUCGUCACGGGCUGCCCCCUCAGCGACCCGCAGGGCUGUGUGCGGCUGCGGCCCGUGAACGUGUCUCAGCUCCUGGGGGCGCUGGAGCUGCACCUGGGGGGGCUGCGGGAGAGACACCCCCCCCCCAGCGCCUGCGCCCGCCUGCGCUGCACCACGGCAGCCCCCCCCACGGACCCCGCCGUCUCGCCCCCCCCCGCGGCACCGCACGGGGUCUCCCCCCCCGCCCCGCACGGGCUGGUGCUGUGGGGGGGGCUGGGGGGGGCGCUGGCGCUGAGCGCGGCCGUGUGGGUCCUGAGCGCCAGGAGGAGGGGGGGGGGCCAGAGUGCGGGUGGGGCAAUGGGGUGAUGGGGGGUGAUGGGGGCAAUGGGGUAAUGGGGCCACUGGUGCCCCCCCAGCCCCCCCCCAGUGCUGGAGCCGGGACCUGAGCGGCCGCGGGGGGGGACAUGGGACAGACACAG